AAUAAAAAAUCCAAAUUUGAUCUCAAUGUUUUAAUGUACCUAAACUUAAAUUAUUUGGGACAAAUGACAAAGCUCACAGAGUUAAGCCUCAAAGGUUUAACUGGAAUAAAAUUAACGGCAUUGCCAUCAUUUGAAAAUUUAAUACAUUUGAAUAGAUUUUCAUUAACCUCUAUUAAAGAAUUUCCAAAAGAGAUCUAUCAGAGUUUGAAUACUAUUACUGAUAAUAUUGAGUUUUUUGAAAUUGGUGAUUGUGAAUGCUUAACAAAGGAUUUUGCCGUGUCACUAAAAAGAUUUGUCAAAUUGAAAACAUUGAGAUUAGAAAAUUGUUGUAAUGGAUGGGAUCAAUCUGCACACAAUGUUUUUACUGUCAUUAGAGGUCUUGAAAAGCUCAAUGUUCUGGAAUUGGUAAACAUAGAAUUCAGUAAUUGUGUCGAAGAUGAAUUGGAAAAAUGUGAUGGUAUUAAAGCUUUACUUAUUAUUCCUGUUUAUGGGAUCCAAUCCGCAAAAAUAAACCGUCACUUGAUUGACUGUCUCAAGAAACUCUCCAAGACAUUAACACACUUGGUUUGGGGAUUGACUUAGGAGUUACUCCGUGUUACAAACAUGUUUAUAGGUCAAUUCGAAUGGAACCCGCAUACUAAUAGUUGUAAUUGUUUAGAAUUAUCUGAUACCAAAGAAAGGACCAACAAUAUACCUAUACCUACCUGUUGGUUUUUUCUUUGGUAUCAGAUAAUUCAUACCUAUACUCAGAACAAGAAAGCCCCGACAGCGACCAGGAGAUGAGGCUACUCCUGAAAAAGAAAAAGACAAGUUAGAUUGUGUUGUUAUAUAUUCAGUUACUGCUCUAGAGAAAUUGUUAGAUAUUAUGAUGCCUGAUGCAAAGACCAAGGUAAUUAAAGUUCCUUUUUCUAGAACAGAUAGAGUUUAUUUGAGUGAAGAGUUUCAUGAUCUUUAAAUUAAAUGUAUAGCAUUUCAUAGUUUAUUUACAUGAGAAACCUUUUGCGAUAUAAUUCUAAUUUUUGUGACCAGGAAAAAUUUUAUUUUGUACUUCAA